UCACCAUCUGAGUGAGGGUUUGAUUGUUGUGGGGAGUGGCGUGUUCUCCUUCACCUUAUAUACCUCUACACACCCACUAUACAUGAAAGACCUUUCCUAAAUGAUGGUGAACGCUUCCACGUAUUCCUCCUCGCUAUUGCUAAUGUAUAUCAACCCCAAUAUUAAGGUUUAGUAAUGAAUCGUUUAAUGGGAAGUAUAGGAGAUGUUGUGUCUCAGCUAAAACAAAGAGCCCUCUCAUCCAUGGAGCUCUGUGAAGCAGCUUUGCAACGUCAAGAUAGUGUAGCGAGAUUGCAUCCUUUCAUCACAUGUACCUCAGAUGUUGCCAGAGAAUCAGCAUCUCUUUCCCAGAAAAGGUAUGGGAGCGGAGAAAAUCGUGGUCCAUUGGAUGGUAUUCCAGUAGCAGUCAAGGAUAAUUUCUGUACCUCAGGCAUCCAAACAACUUGUGGCUCAGUGAUGCUACAGAAUUAUGUCCCCACUUACUCUGCCACAGUAGUGAAGAGAUUACAGAAGGCUGGAGCUGUAAUUGUUGGAAAGACAAAUUUAGAUGAAUUUGGGAUGGGAUCUGGAACAAUAGAUUCCACCUUUGGCCCAUCAAAAAAUAUUUAUCGCUCAGGAAUCAAGUACGACCUUCUGCUGUCAAACAGAGAACCUGAUGGCUUAGAUUCCAGGUUCCCAACAGCAGCUGUUGAAGAUGAAGAUUGGUAUGUAGCCGGAGGCAGCUCAGGGGGAAGUGCUGUGUCUGUAGCAUCUGGGUCCACUUUUUUGGCACUUGGGUCUGACACUGGAGGGUCUGUACGCAACCCAGCAUCUUAUUGUGGCGUUGUGGGCCUGAAACCUUCCUAUGGGUUAGUGUCACGCUGUGGACUCAUCAGCUUGGUAAACUCAAUGGAUGUGCCAGGAUUGUUUGGCCGUUAUGUUGACGAUGUUGCUGCCAUGCUGAGUGUUGUGUCUGGCUUGGACCCUCAGGAUGCAACGACUGUACCAAGUGAUCUACAAAGUUUGCAACUCCCAGAAAACCCUAGCUUGGAAGGUUUAGUUAUUGGUAUCCCAAAAGAGUAUCAUUGUCCAGGAAUGAAAAAAGAGGUGAUUGAUACGUGGACAAAAGUUGCUGAUCUGAUGGAGAAUUGUGGGGCUCAGGUGCGGGAGGUGUCACUACCACACACAAAGUACUCCAUUAUCUGCUACUCGGUCUUAAACCCUUGUGAAGUGGCUUCUAAUUUUACGAGAUACACGGGAGUUUUUUAUGGUCAUCGAGUGGAAUCAUCUCAUUCCAUGGAGGCUAUGUAUGCCCUCACACGAUCAGCUGGCUUGAAUGAUGUUGUUAAGGGUCGAAUCCUGGCUGGGAACUACUUUCUCUUGAAGGAGAAUAAAAAUAGAUAUUUUAAGCAAGCUUUGAAGGUGCGCCGCCUUAUCUCGCAAGACUUUGAUAAAGUUUGGUCCAGUGGCGUUGAUUUACUUCUUACUCCAGUGACACUGUCUACUGCUGUCAGAUAUUCAGAAUUCAAUAACGUAGAUAAUCGCACCCAGCAAGCAACUCAGGAUUUUUGCACUCAGGCAGCCAACAUGGCAGGUGUACCAGCGGUAAACAUCCCAAUAUCAUUAAACACUGAAGGUCUGCCGAUAUCACUCCAGCUAAUGGCUCCAUGGGGACAAGAUGCAGCCUUGCUAUCUGCUGCCAAAUGGAUUGAGCAACAUGUAAAUUUUCCUAGACUACAAGUUUUAGAAUAAUAUUUGUGUAUACCUGUAUAUGAUUAUUGUAUAGUAAAGAAUUUUUCAC